GGUCAAGACUGAGUGACUCGCCUUUAUUUGCGAGCUUGCCACGGCAGAAACCCUCAUUUCUCCCCGCGGCAGCUGCCUCUCUCUCUCUCUCUCUCUCUCUCUCUCUCUCUCGUCUCUGUGGGGGGUUGCGCGUGCAAAUAUGAGCAAGGGGCCAGGUCUCUUCUCGGACAUCGGGAAGAAAGCAAAGGAUAUUUUGACGAGGGAUUACAGCUCCGAUCAGAAAUUUACCGUCUCAACAUAUAGUGAUACCGGAGUGGCCCUCACAUCAACAGCUGUUAAGAAAGGAGGACUGUCAACUGGCGAUGUGGCUGCCCUAUACAAAUACAAAAACACUGUAGUGGAUGUCAAAGUUGAUACACAAUCAAAUAUUUCAACAACUCUCACGAUCUCGGAGGUUCUCCCAUCCACCAAGACUAUUGCGUCAUUCAAGCUGCCUGAUUACAACUCUGGCAAGCUGGAGGUUCAGUACUUCCAUCACCAUGCCACCUUCACAACAGCCGCCACUUUGAAACAAUCCCCAGCAAUUGACCUCUCAGCCACCAUUGGUACUCCGACCAUUGCUUUUGGCGCAGAGGCAGGUUAUGAGACUGCUACUGGUAGUUUUGCAAAGUACACUGCCGGCAUUAGUGUGACAAAACCAGAUUCUUGUGCUUCAAUAAUAUUGGGUGACAAGGGAGACACAAUAAGGGCGUCGUAUGUACACCAUCUGGAUCUUUUGAAGAAAAGCUCUGCUGUGGGAGAGAUCACUAGAAGGUUCUCAACAAAUGAGAAUACGUUUACAGUUGGAGGAUCAUAUGCAAUUGAUACCUUAACGGUGGUGAAAGCGAAGCUGAACAACCACGGUAAACUCGGAGCACUCCUGCAGCAUGAGCUCAUUCCCAAAUCUGUCAUGACAAUAUCGGGCGAGUUCGACACCAAGGCCUUGGACAAAACUCCAAGGUUUGGCGUGGCACUAGCUCUGAAGCCUUAGGUUUCUUUACCAUUGAAGGUGCACGCACCCUUAGAAACUCGACACCCGUUUUGAUUUUUUCUGUUCGUCGUCCCUUGUAAGGGAGCGUACAAUAAAUAGCUCCACAGAUGUAUUUGUUGUUUCUAGGUUUUGGAUGGCUGUGGAUGGAAUGCUUUGAUACCUGAAGCCCUACAUGGUUUUCUUUCCUUUUUGGUUUUUUAAUUUUCCUCGGCAUUUUGAUCUCUCCUUACGGGGAGGGUGCUUUUGGUUUGGAUUGGCGAAGUUGUCAAUUGGUUACAUAUUUCAUUUAUCGGUUAAUUUUAGAACUCGACAUACUGAUUUGUCA